UCCGAGCGCAUUUGGACGUCCUCCUGUCUCGUCUCAGUUGCAGAUGCUGUUUAAUAACAGCUAAUGAGGUUAUUUAAUGAAUGACAAACACUGGAUUGAGCUGUGAAGUGUGUGUGCGUGUGUUUCCUGUUGAUUCAGCAGCAUUGAGAGCAGGGCUGCGUUCAGCUGCGUGUGUGAGGCUGGGGGUGUGUGCAUGCGUGCGUGAGGAUGAUCAAGUGCAUGUGGACCCGUGAGUCGAGAGGAAGGAUGGCUGCUCACGUGUGAGCCACAGCGAGACGGCUUUAUUUCACAGCAGAAAACCCUCAAUGCAUUCUGCUGCAUCGCCACUGAGAUCCACCAGCAUGCCCGCAGAGCUUCAGGAGAAGAAGCCGGACUCUGAGAAACCACCGGCCGAACCGUCAAAUCCAGACACCAAUGAACAGACAGAAGAAGCUCUUCCGGUGGACACACCGUCCUCGGACGGGUCCACAAUCACCUCCAACCCCGGCAGCUCAGAGAACACUCAUACUGAAAGUUCUGGCGUUGGGAUGGAGAAAUCAUCCAGUCCUGAUUCAGAAUCAAAUCCGCUCAGCAACAGCAGCUCUAAUGAACAGGUUGUGUCAACUGGACUGAAGGAACUUUCAUCAUCAGGAUUGGACGACUCUCAAACAUCGUGCCCAGAUCAAGUGAUGCCGCCAAAUGCGUCGAACGAGACGGACCCGCCUCACCCUGAGCCCAGCGUGACCUCUGACACCGCUAAUGAGAAUGUCAAGGAUCAUUCAUCUGUGUUCAACACUUUUAAUAAUAACAGCAGCGCUUUACUGCAUGGAUUCCCGUUCCACCCAUCGUACUCAAACCUGCUCAACCGGAACUACGUACCAGAGAACUGCUACACGCUACCGCUACACCGCGACAGAGGCGGGCAAACUAUGCCAGCCUGUAACAGUGCAUCUAAAGGCGAGCAGGACUCUGGCAUAUCCACCAUCAGCCAUCGGAUCUUAGGUGGGACUCUCCAUUUGAGACCGUCUCUGGAUCUCACCAUGGAUGAUCACCUCGGGCCGUUGCCACACCCGUAUUUCCAGGAUCUGUACAGGAUGCAGACGCUCAUUCCGCAGAAACGUGCCAGCACGGUGAGUCUGGACACGAUUCGGAAGGACCCACGUUGGAGAGACCCGAACCUGCGUGAGGUCAUUGCCAUGUUGAGUCACCCGAUGGACCCCGUGAAGUCCAACGCCGCGGCGUACCUGCAACACCUGUGCUACGAGAACGAUAACGUCAAACAAGACGUCAGGCAGCUCAGAGGGAUUCCCAUCCUGGUGGGGCUCCUCGACCACCCCAAACCGGAAGUCCAUCGCAAGGCUUGCGGCGCGCUGAGGAACAUCUCGUUCGGCAGAGACAAUUUCAACAAGGUGGCCAUUAAGAAUUCCGACGGAAUUCCAGCUCUGCUGAGACUCCUGCGGAAGACGAGUGACAUGGAGGUCCGAGAACUCGUCACAGGAACCCUGUGGAAUCUCUCCUCACACGAGCCUCUGAAGAUGAUGGUCAUAAACCACGGACUGCAGACGCUCACGGACGAGAUCAUCAUACCGCACUCGGGUUUGAGAGGCGACCCCAACGACCCUGCCAGACCUGGAGAUCCGGAGUGGAACACGGUCUUCAAGAAUACGUCCGGGUGUUUGAGGAACGUGAGUUCAGACGGCGCCGAUGCGCGUCAGAGACUGCGCGAGUGUGAGGGACUCGUGGACGCUCUCCUACACGCGCUUUAUUCUGCUGUUGCAAAGAGAGACAUAAAUAACAAAUCGGUGGAGAACUGUGUGUGUAUUCUACGUAACCUCUCCUAUCACGUACACAAGGAGGUGCCCGGAGCCGAGAAAUGCCACGUGCAAGAAGCCAAUCACACUGCGAAAUCAGGCGGCCACCAUAAGACGAAAGAUGAGCCGGACUGCUUCGGUGGACGCACAACCAAAGAAGAAUGGUUUCAUCAGUGUAAACGACACACAGUGAGUGAGAAGAAGAGUUGCGGUGUCGAUCUGCCCAAGAGGAGUGUGCCCAUGAAAGGUCUGGAGCUUCUGUACCAGCCGGAGGUGGUGCGACUUUAUCUGUCACUCCUCAAACUGAGCCAGAACCACAACACGCUGGAGGCCGCGGCCGGAGCGCUCCAGAACCUGUCUGCUGGACACUGGGCCUGGUCCAAUUAUAUCCGUGCAACUGUGCGUAAGGAGAAAGGUCUGCCGGUGCUGGUCGAGCUGCUUCACUCUGAUGCGGAUAAAGUGGUGCGAGCGAUCGCCAUCGCCAUGAGAAAUCUCGCCAUCGACCACAAAAACAAAGAUCUCAUUGGGAGUUACGCCAUGAGGGAUCUGGUCAGUAAUCUGCCCUGCGGUCAGCAGCGACCCGCCAAAAACCUGGAGGGAGACACGGUGGUGGCCCUUCUGAAUACUGUACUGGAGAUCAUCUCUGAAAACCUGGAGAACGCAAGAUUCCUCAUUCAGGGACAGGGAAUCCAGAAACUUGUUUCAAUCAAUAGAACCAGCCAAUCAGUGCGUGAGACCAAAGCUGCAUCGCAAAUUCUGCGGACCGUAUGGGCUUAUAAAGAUCUUCGACACACUCUCUGUAAAGCCGGCUGGAAUAAAACUCACUUCAAGACGGCCAUAUCUGGGCUGCAAAAACUGAAGACCUCAAAACAAGGCAACGAUGACAUCACACUGCCCUUGAUGGAGAAAAACCAAGACGGUUACUGCACCGUUGAUCAGACAGAGAGAGUUGGAGAUUCUCUGUGCCAUAUGAUCGAACGGGAAACAUUUCAGGGUGUAAAUGAUAAGAGGCAUUUCAUCAGGAGCAGCAGACCAGCGGUGGGUUUAGUGGAGGGAACGCCACAGCCGCUGGACUCAUGGGUCUGACCCCAUCACCACGGUUGGAGAGCCACUUUCAGAACUGCGUUUAGAUGGAUAAAACACCUUCCACACAAUUCAUCACUGUAUCAAAUGAGCGAGUCAACACCGUAUCAGAGCUGUGAAACAGUCUUCACUGUUACAUUUAACAAAGCAUAAGAGAUAGUUUAUAUAUAUUGUAUGAUCUACUGUAAGUCUUGUUUAAAAUGUCAUUUCUGUUGUUUAUUUUUUGCUUUGUUGAUGAGUCCCUAAAUUGUAUAAAAUGUUCCAGAUAAUUCUACAAUCACUCACAGAGAAUUUCAGAUCUAUAUCCAGUGUUUUGCACAACAGAGAUGAAGUCGUAACAUAUUAUAAUGAAUAUAACAAAGUUAUUAUGAGACUCAUUAGUCUACUGGAAAAUAGAAAUUGUACCGACUGUAGAAUAUAUCAGAUAUUUCUUUAUUCAUCCUAAAUUAGUUUCAUAACAGUGAUUUAAUCGCUGGAAAAAUAAAAAGCAACACGUUUUAUCUCUUCUUAAUCGAUCUAUAUCUUUUCGUCA